AUGGGUAUAGGGGCAAAAGAUUCUGUCAAUGAAGAAGAAGACACUAUUGGGAUUCUUACUGAUCUUGCUAAACACUCUGGGCAAUGGCAGGCGAAAGAGCUAGGUGAAGAGACGGGGGUUGAGCCUAUUAACCGUAGCAGUGCCCUUGCCGAGGUUGCGGCUGUUCAGCAGCGGGAGACCGAGGUGGGGGUUGCGGCAAUAUCUAAGAGGAGGCGUGAAGGUGGUUCUAAUGGGGCGAGGAGGCAGGAUGGUGAUGUUGCAAUGCUCGAUGUUUCAAAAAACGUGCAGGUGGCAGUUCGCGAAGUGGUGGACCUAGUGUCUCGUAAGAAGUCCGAUUUCGUCUUCCUUAUGGAAACCAAGGUAAGACGGGAUCAUGCAGAACGCCUUCGAAUCAAGUUGGGUUUUGAAGGACUUUUUUAUGUUGAUGGUUUCGGUUUAAGUGGAGGGUUGGCUUUGUUGUGGCGUAAGAAUAACACGGCCAGACUUCUGAGUUUCUCGAAGAAUCAUGUGGAUGUGGAGGUAUCUAUUGCUGGGGUUGGAGAUUGGAGGAUGACAGGUUAUUACGGUUUUCCAGAGCGUAAUAGGAGGACUGAGGCUUGGGAUUUUUUGCGAUCGCUGGCUGGUAGGUCUUCUCUACCAUGGUUACCCAUGCGUGGUUAUCAGUACACCUGGGAGAGAGGAAAGGGCACGGUUGAGUGGAUGGAGGAGCGCCUGGAUAAGGUUCUUGCCACGACCGCAAGGAGCAACUCAAUUCCGGAUGCUUGUUUUACGAACCUUCUUACUCGAUCGUCAGACCAUUCAGCCCUCUUCUUGGGGCUCUCGGAGGGUCGGGUGAGAUUGCAUUCUUGGGGAGGUGAUCACUUUCACAAGUUCGGGGAGAAGAUUAAAUCCCUACGCAGAGAUCAACAAUGCUUACGGGGUCUCACUGACCCCACAUCUCUUGCUGAGUUCCAGCGUAUGGAGUAUGCCUCUGCUCGUAAAAAGAAGAAUUAUCUAUCUAGAUUAAAGAAUGAAUCUGGUGUAUGGGUGGAGGGGGAUGGUUUGAAAAAUGUGGUGCUUGACUAUUAUCAUAAUCAUAAUAUCUUUAAUUCAAAUCUUGCUGCAACUUCUGUGGAUACUUUUGUUGCCUCUAUCACUCCCCGUGUUUCGCAAGAGCAGAAUGAUUCCCUUCUUAGACCUUUCGAGGUUGAGGAAGUUAGGAGUGCUAUAUUCUCUAUGUUUCCUGAUAAAGCCCCAAGCCCGGACGGGAUGAAUCCAGGGCUUAAUGACACUAAUGUGGUUCUGAUUCCGAAGAAGACUUGCCCUGAGAUGAUGUUUGAUCUCCGCCCUAUCGCUCUGUGUAAUGUGGUCUACAAGGUAAUGGCUAAGAUGGUGGCCAAUCGUAUGAAGCCCCUGUUAGGUGAUAUAAUUUCUGAGUCCCAGAGUGCCUUUAUCCCUAACAGGUUGAUUACUGAUAAUAUCUUGAUUGCUGCGGAAGUUGGUCACUUUCUGAACAGGAAACAGGAAGGUAGAGUUGGCUGGGGGGCCCUCAAGCUUGAUAUAGCCAAAGCUUAUGAUCGGAUGGAGUGGUCUUUCCUUCGUAAAAUGUUGCUGGCUUUGGAUUUUGCAGUUGAUUGGGUAAAUUUGAUUAUGUUGUGCGUCACCACGGUCUCCUAUAACAUCAUGGUUAAUGGGGAGGUUGUUGGUCAAGUAAUCCCCACUCGAGGAAUUCGACAAGAUAAUAGCCUUUUGUUUUUCAAAGCAACAGGUCAAGAGGCUGGAGUGAUCAAGAAUUGCUUAAAUGAAUAUGAGGCUAUGUCAGGGCAGGCAGUCAACUUCCACAAGUCCAGUGUUUGUUUUAGCAGGAAUACUAUGGAGGAGGAUAGGGAGGAGGUUGCUUUGGUCUUGGGAGUCAAUCAGGCUCCUAAUUUCGGGAAAUAUUUAGGAUUGCCGUCUUUUGUAGGGAGAAACAAGAAAGCAGUGUUCUCGUAUAUUGAGGAUAAAAUACUGUGUGUCUCUAUUGAGAGGACUAUGAAUCGUUAUUGGUGGGGAUCAGGCUCUGAAAGGGGUAUUUAUUGGAAGGCUUGGGAUCAUCUAUGUGUCCCUAAGAAGUAUGGAGGUCUAGGUUUUAAGGAACUGAGAGCUUUUAAUAUGGCUAUGUUAGGUAAGCAGGCCUGA